AUGGCUCUUAUUGCACUAGUGUUUGUGAUUGCAAAUGUCCUUUCGGUACUUGCUGAUCCACCAUUGUGUACAGGUUGCCCAACUGAAGGAAUUUGGGCUCCAUGGGUAGACGUUGAUGUCUGUACGGCAAAUUGUGGAUUGUCUGGUACGAUAUCCCAAACAAGAGUUUGCACAACGGAAGCCCUUGGAUGUCCAUGCAGUGGAAAUACAGCGCGUGUUUCCAUUUGUCCGGUGACGGUUUGUCCAGGCACAAAAGAUGCUCAAUGUACCGCUCCAUAUGCCAAGUAUGUAAAUUAUGCGAACAAGAGAAAUGAGUGUGGAAAUGCCACUUCAGCCGACGAUAACGCAGCUCCAACGUGUACUUUGAACCCUUGUUCGCUUUGUUUGAACACUGUUGUGAAUCUUCCCAUCGAUACGACGGGCACUCUUGGCAAUACUGCUUUUGCUAGCGAUACAUUGAGCACGGAUGGAAAUGGAUGUUCAGUAAGGACGUUGACUUGUACUUCAACAAAGACUGUUUUGGGACUUCCCCAGGCAGCAAAUAUCAAGGUGAAUGGAGGUAUCACAGCAGCGACCGGCACUCCAACAGCCAGCCUUGUGAUGACAUGCAGUUCAACCGGUCUUGGAUGGCAGUACAGCGGCCCGCUCGGGAUUACAACAGAUGUCGCUCAAAUUGGAUGCGAUGCCUCAGUU